UAUUCUUCUCUUCAUUCACAUUCGUUCGUGACUCUAGUCUCGUGGUGAUUGAGCAUUUGAAUUAUUCAAUAUAAUUAAAAGGAAUUUGUUUCAAUAUUUAUUUAGUCAUGGAGACAAAACCAAAAUUAACCGAAGAACCGGUUUGGAGUAAAUUGCAAACAUAUUUCAAUAAUAAUGGUCAAAAAAUUAAAAUUUUGGAUUUAUUUCAACAAAAUCCAGGACGUUUUGAAAGUUUAAGCUUAAAACUUGAAACUCCCGAAGAUGGAACAAUUCUUCUCGACUACUCGAAAAAUCGCAUCGACUCUGAAGUACUCGGCCUCUUAUUUGAAUUGGCUCGGGCUCGUAAAAUUGAAGCAGCUCGCGAUGCAAUGUUUUCUGGACAGAAAAUUAACUUCACUGAGGGAAGAGCAGUUUUGCAUACAGCUUUAAGAAAUAGAGCCAAUACUCCUAUUUUGGUUGACGGUAAAGAUGUGAUGCCUGAUGUCAAUGGAGUUUUGGAGCAUAUGAAGCAAUUUACCAAGCAGAUUUUAUCCAAGGAAUGGAAAGGUUUCACUGGCAAACCAAUUGAGGAUGUUGUCAAUAUUGGAAUCGGAGGUUCCGAUCUGGGACCCUUAAUGGUGACUGAAGCUCUGAAACCAUAUCACGUUGGACCACGAGUUCAUUUUGUCAGCAAUAUCGAUGGAACUCACAUUGCUGAGACUUUAAAAAAACUUAAUCCCGAAACUGCACUCUUCAUUAUUGCUUCAAAAACUUUUACGACUCAGGAAACAAUUACAAAUGCGACCUCAGCGAAGAAAUGGCUUUUGGAACAUUUAAAGGACGACGCAGCAGUGGCUUUACAUUUUGUUGCUCUUUCAACAAAUAAUCAAAAAGUGAAAGAAUUUGGAAUUGACGAGAAAAAUAUGUUUGGUUUUUGGGAUUGGGUUGGAGGUCGAUACUCUCUAUGGUCUGCAAUUGGAUUAUCAAUUAGUUUAUCAAUAGGUUUCGAGAAUUUCGAGAAAUUACUUAGUGGAGCUUUUUAUAUGGAUCAACAUUUUCGCUCAGCUCCUUUGGAAAAGAACGCUCCUGUAAUUCUUGCCUUACUCGGUAUUUGGUAUCAUAAUUUCUAUGGAGCGGAAACUCACGCUUUACUACCGUAUGAUCAAUAUCUUCACAGAUUUGCUGCUUAUUUUCAACAAGGUGAUAUGGAAAGUAAUGGAAAAUAUGUCACACGAUCGGGAGAUACUGUUAAUUAUUCAACUGGUCCAAUUGUUUGGGGAGAGCCCGGUACAAAUGGUCAACAUGCAUUUUAUCAAUUAAUUCACCAGGGAACAAGACUCAUUCCUGCUGAUUUUAUUGCUCCAGCUUUGUCUCACAAUAAGGUCCAAGGUGAUCUUCAUCAUAAAAUUCUCCUCGCCAAUUUCCUUGCACAAACAGAGGCGUUAAUGAAGGGAAAAAAUAAGGAGCAAGCUAAGGAGGAACUUGAAAAAUCCGGAAUGUCUUCCGAACAAGUUAAUCAAAUUCUUCAACACAAAGUGUUCGAAGGCAAUCGGCCAACGAACAGUAUUGUUGUAAAAAAAGUUUCACCAUUCACAUUGGGUGCUUUGAUAGCAAUGUAUGAACACAAGAUUUUCGUUCAAGGAAUAAUUUGGGAUAUUAAUUCCUACGAUCAAUGGGGUGUGGAAUUGGGUAAACAAUUGGCCAAAGCAAUCGAGCCAGAAUUGAAUAGUGCUGAUAAAAUCUCAAGUCAUGAUUCCUCGACGAAUGGAUUAAUAGCUUUUAUCAAAGAAAAUAGUAAAUAAAAAAAGAAUGAUUUACGUAGCAUCGCAUUGAGAAAAAAAAUUAAUCAAUUUUAAAUAAUUUAUGCGCGAAAAAUAUUUGACAAGAAUCUGUAUAAUUUUCACAAGUGGCCUAAUCGCCUUUUAUUUUUAACUUUAAAAAAUCAAUUAUAAGACUUUUGAUUUGCGAUGUUGACGUUAAUUAUUAUUAUUUGUUAAUUUACAAAUAUCUGUGUCAGAUGUGUUGUUAUUGUAUAUUCUGUGUUGAAAAGUAUAAAAAUUUGUCAUAAAAAUAAUAAGAAAAUUUGUGCAGUAUAAGUAUAUAAUUAAUAAUUAAAA